AGCGGGGGAGCGAGGAGGUGUUGGGAUACCCCCUGUACAUCCUCUAUGAGAAUGGAGAGACCUUCCUCACCUACAUCAGCCUGCUGCAGAGUGCUGGCAGCCUUGGGAAGCUGCUGGGCCCCCUGCCCAUGCAUCCAGCUGCAGAGGAUAACUAUGGCUACGAUGCCUGUGCUGUCCUGUGCCUGCCCUGUGUCCCAAACAUCCUGGUGAUCGCCACCGAGUCGGGAAUGCUGUAUCACUGCGUGGUGCUGGAUGGGGAAGAGGACGAUGAGCAGUCAGAAAAGUCCUGGGACCCACGAUCUGAUCUUAUUCCUUCCCUGUACGUGUUUGAAUGUGUCGAGCUGGAACUUGCACUGAAGCUGGCGACAGGAGAUGAAGAUGAUCCUUUGGAGUCUGACUUCACUUGCCCAAUCAAACUGCACCAAGAUCCCAAAUGUCCCUCUAGAUACCACUGCACACACGAGGCUGGUGUCCACAGUGUGGGCUUGACAUGGAUCAAUAAACUGCACAAAUUCCUUGGUUCAGAUGAGGAAGACAAAGACAGUUUACAAGAGCUGGGAGCAGAACAGAAGUGCUUUGUUGAACACAUUCUUUGUACAAAACCAUUGCCAUGCAGGCAGCCUGCUCCCAUCAGAGGAUUUUGGAUCGUUUCUGACAUCCUGGGGCCCACAAUGAUCUGCAUCACCAACACCUAUGAGUGUAUUACCAGGCCUCUCUUGAGCACAGUCCAUCCUGCGUCCCCUCCCCUGCUCUGCACCAGGGAGGACAAGGACCCGGCCGUGUCCCCGCUCCGCAUCGUGGCCGAGUCGGAGCAUUCCUUUGAGAAGCACAUCCAGGGCAUCCUGCAGCGCAGCUCUGCCAACCCCCUGCACCUCAAGUCUGCAGAUAAAGAUGCUGCCCCUCCCCCUGAGGAAUGCCUUCAGCUCCUCAGCAGAGCCACACAGGUGUUCAGAGAGGAAUAUAUCCUGAAACAGGACCUGGCAAAAGAGGAAAUCCAGCAAAGAGUGAAGCUGCUGUGGGGACAGAAAAAGAAACAACUGGAAGAUCUGAAUUACUGCCGAGAGGAGAGGAAAAGUCUGCGGGAAAUGGCCGAGCGCUUGGCAGACAAGUACGAAGAGGCCAAAGAGAAGCAGGAAGACAUCAUGAACAGGAUGAAGAAAGUCCUUCGGAGUUUCCACUCUCAGCUUCCUGUUCUAUCUGACACUGAAAAAGAUAUGAAGAAGGAACUGCAGACAAUUCAUGACCAGCUGCAGCACCUGAGCAAUGCCAUCAGACAGGUGAAAAUGAAAAAGGAAUACCAGCAGAAGCAGAUGGAGAAGGGGCUCAGCCCUCGCAAGCCCAGCAUCAGCCUCAGUGCCUACCAGAGCAAGUGCAUCCAAACUGUCCUCAGAGAGGAGGGAGAACACAUCAGGGAGAUGGUGAAGCAGAUCAAUGACAUCAGAAGCCACGUGAACUUCUAACGUGUCUUCCUGCACCGAAAGGCUGGAGCAGCUUUACCUGGUAUUUCCCCUUGUACAUUUACCAUUUGUAUGUUGAACAAUAUGCCUUUUGCUUAUUAUUUUGUAAAGAACUGUGAAAUAAAAUACUUUUGAUAAGA